GGUUAAUUGGAUGCACCCAACAAGGGAAGCUCGCUUUUACGGUUCAGUAAUACUGCCCCUUUCUAGACUGAAACACCAUUUCGAAGAAAACUGGAAACUCUGAAGAAGCCUCCGUACGAGUCGCGGAGGGGACGGUGCUUCCUUUUGAUCGGCGAGAUUUCUGUGUUUCCGGAUGCAUCCAUGUUCAACCAACAAACGCUCUCUCUGCCUGCCUAUAACCUACUUCUAGAAAUGCGGGCGUCUUUUGCAGUGUCUUGCUAAGGUGCGGUAGCGGCGGAAUUCUGCUACCCAUCCGGUUCAUGGGGACACUCUUCCUCAAGUUCCAGGAGUUUGUGAAGGGGCUUGCGAAUGGCUCUACAUUGGGUAAAGAUCCAAGAAGACUUCAGUUUGAAGCAGACGUGAAUCGUCUUUUUCUUUAUACAAGCUAUAAAUCAUUGGGGAAGAAUGCUGAUGAAAAAGAUGCAGAAGAAAUAAUACAGAUUGCUGAAAAGGCAUCUGUAAAAGACCAACAGAAGCAGGUUCAAGAAAACAUACACAUCCAGAUCAAGACUUUCCAGGCUACAUUGGAUGAUAUUCUUCGCCCUGAUUUAUUAGGUGGCAAUGAUGACUGCAAGUCCUCCCCUCAAAAACAUGGCACUCCUAGGCCCAGUGGCCUUAGUUUUGCGCUGGGUGGUCCUGUGGCUCAGACACAUAAACCUGCUGUACCUGCCACACGCCCUCUGAAUCACCUGGAGUUGUCAAGCAGUUUCAAAGUUCAAAGUGGAUACACCCUUGAACUAAAACCAUCAGAGAUUUCCCAUGAGGAUGCAGGCUUAGGUCUAUUCUUGAGUGGUUCUGCUGACAUUGGCUCAGUUGUGGCUUUCUACCCUGGCGUGAUCUAUUCACCAGCCUACUAUAGAUACAUACCAGGAUACCCACGGAUUGAUGCGCAAAAUCCUUACUUAAUUUCGAGAUAUGAUGGAACAGUAAUUGAUGCACAGCCAUGGGGUGCAGGUGGAGAAGGUCGGGAGGUGUGGACUGGUAUGGUUCCUCCUGAACUUAGAGGUAAGCAUGAAAGUUUGGGUGCUGAUUCAGCUUCUGACCGCUUUUGGAAGAUAUUGAGCAAGCCUUUGCAAGGUGGGAUUGCAAAUGGUAAGGACAUAGUAGAGAGACGGAAUCCGCUGGCCUUUGGGCACUAUGCCAACCACCCAUCAAAGGGGACUGCUCCCAAUGUGAUGGUGUGUCCUUAUGAUUUUCCGAUGGUAGAGAAAAAUAUGAGGCCUUAUAUUCCUAAUAUUUCAUUUGGAGGCAAAGAUAACAUACAGAUGAAGAGGUUUGGCUCAUUCUGGUUGAAGACUGGGUCUUCUGCUGAGGAAACAACAGCAACAGGUCCGGUCUUGAGGUCCCUGGUACUUGUUUCUACACGUCCAAUAUGUGACGAAGAGCUGCUUUUGAACUACCGGCUGAGCAAUGCAAAACGAAGACCAGCAUGGUACAGCUCAGUUGAUGAAGAGGAGGACAAACGGCGGUGGGGUUAGGUGCAAGGUUCAGGUAGUUGGCAUCACCUAUCGCGGUAGUUCUUGUUUGGCAUCACCUCCCAGAAGGGCUGAAGCUCUUGUUUGGCAAACUUAUUGGACAAUAAUUUUUGUGCGAGGCCUAAGCUAGAGCACACACUUUCUGUUCUAAUCAUUUUUUUUAACACGCUGUUGAGAGAUGUGAGUCCUUUCUUUUUUUUGGCUUUUAUGUGAUCCACAAAAAUAACAUGCAACUUUCAAUAGUAUUUGGAACUCAGAGUACGAUUACAUUUGGUGAA